AUGCACAUCCUCAACAGCGUUGAUUCGCGUACAAGACUUUGGCGCCACCGGAAAGACGUCCGAGCAUACGCACACCAAUACAAAUCGCAGACUCUGGUCGUCCUAGCUGUAGUAGUCGAGUCGGGAGUCGCAUAUACUGUCUUAUGGGCUUGGUAUACCGGUAUCAACUUCUCUUCACUGACGCGCAUGCAAGCACGGCUCGACUUCUACUCCGUCCCGCUCUUUGCUAUGUACCCCGCUAUCAUCAUCAUGCUUGUCGCAACGCGUCGCUCGAUUCUUGACAGGAGUACGCAUGCUACUGGCACCAUCAGCGAGAUCCGAUACAUCGCGCCGGACUUGCACCCGCAGUCCACCGAUGAAUCUGGUAGCACCCUCGCUGCAUCCGUCAAUCAACGCGCAAACGACGGCUCUGCUCCGUAUGAGCUCUCGCAGGAUAGUCGAUCUACCGGCUUUGACAAGACUAUACGCUCAGAAGUGCCGGUUGACGGCAUGCCUUUGGUUGAUGAGGGCAGUGACGUUGAAUUCGAUGAAGUUGGACAGGGUGUAUGCAAGGACUCUAUACGAUCGAUCUAG